AUGCUUCAAGGAAAAACAACAGUAAUUCCCAUAAUUUCCAAAGCAGAUAUGAUCACGACAGCACAAAUGAUUUACCUUAAAAAGAAGAUGUUGGAGGGAAUGCGGUUGGCUAAUCUUGAUCCCCUCCAAGCGCUCGGACUUAGCAGCGCCAGAUCGUCGAGUGGAUCACCCAGCGAUACAGACAAUGAAGAUAAUCAAUGCAGGACUGAUAAUGGCAGUGAUUCGGGAACAUUGGCAGAGGACGGCUUUCUUCCAAUAAAUAAGCCUCUAACUCUAAACCUGAAGCGAAAUCUAUCACACUCAUCGCACCGUCAGGUAUCACUAGACGGAAGUGAUAUUUUUGGGGAUUUUCCACACCUACCAUUGUCAGUCAUUAGUCCUGACAUGUACGAACCUUCAUUUAUCGGUCGAAGGUUUCCUUGGGGUUUUGCCGAUCCAAUGAAUAGUCAACACUGCGACUUUGUGCAGUUAAAAGAAUCCAUCUUGGGUGAAUGGCGAGAUGAGAUACGAGAGGUGUGUCGCGAUGUUUGCUAUGAGAACUGGAGAACUAGACAACUUAAGCAUCAUCGAUCACAAUCAUGA